AGUGUUUGAAACUCGCUCUCUCUCUCUUUCUCUCUCUCUCUCUCUCUCUCUCUGCUUCUUCCUCCGCCCCCGGGAGUCGGUGCUUGUACACGCCGGCUGGCGGAUUGCAAGUCGUUCCUUGGCUCAUUUGGGAAGAUGUUUGGCUCGGUGGGAGCCCGGAAAUAUUCUUUGAUUGUCCAGCGCUCCCGGUCGCAGGCGAGCGGUCUACCACUGAACUCACUGCACGUCUGCAUGCCGGGGGAGGGAGUGCAUUAAUGGCAUUCAGUUCGGCCGCACGGAUUCCCCGCACACCUGAGCCCGUGUCCGUGCUGCACCCUGUGUGAAGCGGGUCUGUGCCCACUUCGGAUCCGCCCCGGGAGCUUGCCCGGUCCACUGUUUGAAUCGCCAGGAGGCGGAGAGGAGCCAUGUACCUUCUGGACAGCGAGCCGUACCCCGAGAUGAUGAAGAGGGGCACUCCUCAGAGGAAGACGGUCUAUCGCAUCUCACUCACCCUCGUCAAGCGGGAGGCCACCCCGGCCGAGAGCGGGAGCAGAGCUCCUCCUUCCCCCCGACACCAGGGGGCUUCGGAAGCCGGCGGGGCUCAGCGGUCAGGGAGCCCGUGUCCGGCCGAGGGUAGCGAAGCCGAGGACGAGUUUGAGGCGCAGGGAAGCCUCCGGAGCUUUCGGACCUUCAGCACCGGGCACCUGGAACUCGGCAGGCUGAAGGUGGCCAGGAAGUCCCGCGAUCAGAGCUGUAAACUCAAGGGCACCCCAACCAAAGACCUGGUUACCUUGAGGCGUAGAGAUGGUGCUUCAGCCAGACCCAGCAGCAUGUUGGCUGCCGUGGAUGUUGAGUCGAAGAAUAAAAAAAAUUGGACCGAGCGAUUGGGAACAGGGGCUGAAUCCAGAGAUCAGGUUCCAGGGGGGAAGAGUCCCAACCAGGGAAAGGACUUCCAAGGUGGUAGGACUUGCCCCGAAGCAAGUGGACAAGGAGAUCUGACCAAAACCAUUCGUGGAAAGGAGUUCUCGCCACCUUCAGAGUCCAGCGAUGCAGAGGCGCCUUAUCCCAGGAAAUCACCGAGAGCAGACGGUAAAUCUGCUUUGAGGAAAACGGAGACAACCACGAAAAGAAAUUUAAAUAAUUCAUUGAAAAGCCUUUUAAAGGAUAAGGAGUUAAUGGCAAUACCUUCAGAGCUUGAUUUUUCCAAGCAACUCAUUUCAAGAGGAGAGCAUGCUUUAUUAUCAGUAGCCCCUGCAGCAGAUUCAAACCUGCCUUCUGAUUCUUCUCGUGUAGAUGCUAUUAAACAAACUCCCCCGUUAUCUUUAGCAACGGACAAAAGACAUCCAAGUUUACUCAGAAGAAGCUUCAGCUUCAGUUUCAGGCAUUGGAAUGGAGAGUUGGUGAGGUUUAAAGCGUUAUCAAAAGAGAAAUAUCAUGGCAGCUCCAGCUGUCUCUCUGGGGUGGAAGCUGGAAGUGAAUUCAAAAUCCAAAAGCCGUAUUGUGGGGAAUCUUCAACGAAUGAGAAGCGGAACACCUUGGAUGUCGGAGAAGUUCUCAACAAAACGGAUCCACUCUCUGAGCAAGAGCGGUGGGAGAGGGGUAAAAGGAAGAACAGGACUUUAGACAAUAGUGAUAUUCAUAAGCUUUCUGAAACCGGGAAAUGGGAAAGGACAGUUUUGUAACAGGUGGUGUGAGAUCCAGUUCCCAAGAGCACAAACUCUUCAGGUUUUUCAGCGGCAUUUUCUCAAAACGCGAUGGCACUUCGACACCUGUUACAAGCCCAUAUGGAAAAUCACACAGAGAUUUUGUUUCCAAAUCCAGGGG